AUGGGUUAGGUUGAUAUUUACUCUGGAUAUUGCCCUAGAGAUUGUUAGUUGUGUGAAGUAUCAUUUAAAUGUAAGUCUUGUAAAAAAGGGUACUAUUUAAGUCAAGAUGAUACUUGUAUAUCAAGAUGCUCGUCUCCAUAAAAGAAAUUGGUUGGUUCUUAUUGUUAGGAUUACGAUGAGGAAACACCUUGUAAUAGAUAUUAUAAUUUAUAGACUCUUAAUAUUUGAUUAAAGAAUAUGAGGGUAGACUUCAAACCUGGGUAGUAUGCAUAAUAUACUUUAAUUUCUCAAAAUGGAACAAACUUUUUAAAAGGAUCAGAUAUCUAUUAUUAAUUUUUGCUUGGAAGAANAAUACAAAUUUUAUCACUUGUAAAAUACUGAAACAAACUACAUUACUCUAACUAAAUCAUAUCCAUUUGCUGAAAGGUAUAUUCGUUUCGAUCCCAUAAAUGAGUACUGGAUAUCGAUGGAUUUAUUUUAUCAUGGUAUAAUCUAUUAUGUUUCUGUUAUUUUUACAUGGUCAUCAGAGAAUAUUGAAUGUAAAAUAGGAACACUUUCUCAUUUAUACUCCUACACAUCACCUACAACAUAUCCAAUGACAGCGAGAUUUAGUGAAAGCAUUCCAUUUGAAGUUAAAACUUUGAACUUUUUAGUAUUAUAACUAUAUUCUGGAAGUUUGAAUUUUACAUCUUACAAUACAAAUUAAGGAUUGUUUCUCUUAGAAAUAUCGUCAUUUCCAAAUUAAACUGCUAUCCAUCAUGUAAAUCAUGCACAAGUCCAAAAUAUAAUGAAUGUACUAGUUGUUUUUAUGGGCUCCCAACAAACAAUAAUUGUCCACCUUGUCCUAUUAAUUAAUAAUAAAAACACUAAGUAUGCAGAGAGACAUUUGUGAUAUAGACUAUGCGUUAUAUUCCAAUGGGUUUUGUUAAUCUUACCCAGGUAAUUAUUUUCAGAAAAAUAUAUCUUAGUUUUUUGAUAGAAAGGGGUUCAAUUGAUUAUUUUGCUACUUACACUUAGAGUUUGAGAUGGAACAUAAUAUACGACGAAAAACAUGUAGAUAUAUCUCCAAGAAUUAUAACUAAUUCAUCUAUAGUAUAUGGAAUAUUUAAGUUUAAUUCUGGUAUCUAUAGAUAUUUCUAAUUGUCUCUUUAUAUGGAUUCAUCCUAUUUAAUUGGAUUCAAAAUUGAAAUUACUACUUACAAUAAUAUUCCAAUGAAUUGCAUAGUUUAAGAUUAAUCAUACUUAUUAUGGAUCUAUUUAUAGAAACGCUUAUGUAAUUCAAGCCCAUCGAUUAAAAAUAUUUUCACAUUCUUUAGGUUAUUUGUUACCAUCAUCAUUUUAUAACUAGAGUGA